GCAACGAGAGCACGUGCGCGAGCUCAGGAGGCGGCAACAACCCUUUCAAAAUUAUAAAAAAAUUCGUGCGCGUUUAUUGUAACUUAUACACCAAUAGUUGUCGCGUUUGAAAAACAUGGGCGCCGCAACAGCGACUUUUCUCGUAUUUCUCGGCUGCUGCUCCAAUUUGGUGUUCCUCGAACUUUUAAUGAAAGAGGACCCAGGCGGUGGCAAUUUGGUGACUUUCGUGCAAUUUUUGUUCAUCGCCAUCGAUGGCUUCCUCUUCACGUCCAAAUGCGGCACAGUACGAUCCGCCGUACCAAUGAGCAAGUACGCAACGCUGGUCGUCUUUUUCUUCGUCUCGAGCGUCCUCAACAACUACGCCUUCAACUUCAACAUACCCAUGCCCCUGCACAUGAUAUUCCGUUCGGGUUCCCUGAUAGCCAACAUGGCGAUGGGCAUACUGAUCCUAAGGAGAAGGUACACCUUCGACAAGUACACCUCGGUGCUCAUGAUAACCGUGGGGGUGGCGAUUUGCACGAUCGCCAGCGGCAAGGAGGUAAAGUCGACGGUGCCGGUGGGCCCUGGCUCGGUGCCCACGAGCUUAUGGACCGAUUUUUUCUGGUGGACCGUCGGCGUUGCCAUACUCACGGUCGCUCUCUUCGUUUCCGCUAGGAUGGGCAUUUACCAGGAGACCCUGUUCUCCACCUACGGCAAGAACACACGGGAAGCCCUCUACUACUCGCAUCUAUUGCCGCUGCCGUUCUUCGUCUUCUUGGUGCCAAACUUGUGGGAGCACGCCCUCGUGGCCGCCAACUCGCCCGCUCUGAGGAUACCGAUAGUCGGCCUGGCGAUGCCGAGGAUGUUUGCCUACCUGAUCGGCAACGUGCUCACGCAAUACAUGUGCGUCGGAUCGGUGUUUAAGCUAACGACCGAGUGCACGUCCCUGACGGUGACCCUGAUACUGACGCUGCGCAAGUUUUUGUCGCUCAUAUUCUCAAUCAUCUACUUUCAGAAUCCGUUUACGUUUUACCACUGGAUGGGCACGAUAUUGGUCUUUGCUGGCACGAUCCUCUUUACCGAGGUGGUGCAAAAGGCCUUUUUGGCGUCGAAGCGGAAACAGCAGACAAAGGUCGAGUGACGACCGAAAAUAAAAGAGACAGUAAAUGAAAUAUAUUUUUUGUAAAAGUGGAGUUAAAGUGUCUUCAAUAUAUUACAUUGCAACAACCCCCAAGGUGGUGCAAGGGCGUAUUAAAAAAAGGACUCGUGGGUCACGACCUCGAAAGAGGGAGAAAAAAAAAUUUUUUUUUUUAAUAAUCCACUGUGCACGGCCAAGUGAUAAUCGCGCUGCCGUCGUCAUCCACACAUGUUUCAAUAAAAAAAUAAUAAAAGAAAA